UGUGGAUUAGUUUGCCAACUACCCAAUCCAUGCGUCGGCCAUCCAAGAUGAGGUCGUUAACGCUGCUGGCCUGCAUAGGCUGCCUCUGUGUCUCUCUGGUUCUAGCGGACAACCCGAUUGCCAUUCGACAAAAACGAAGUCCUGCUCCGUUCUUCUUCAACAAGGGUCACGACCACCACGAACCAAAAUGCGUCUGGGAGAAGAAGCUGGCCUGGAAGGAGGAUUGGAAGAAGGUCUGGGAGUCGAAGAAAGUCGAGGUGUGGAAGUCCGAGUGGAAAAAGCAACAGAUCCCGGUCUGGAAAGUGGUGGAAGUUCCGAUUUGGCGCGAGGUGAAAGUGCCGGACUGGAAGAUCAUCAAGAAACCGUACUGGAAGGAGACUGAGAUACCGGCCUGGAAGGAAGUGCAGGUGCCUGACUGGAAGAAAGUGAACAAGCCCGUCUGGCGCGAGGUGCAAGUCCCGGUCUGGAAGGAAGUACAGGUACCCGAAUGGAAGCAAAUCUGGGUGCCAGAUACGGUCAAGGUCGGCAUUCCCGGAGAGAAGUACUUAGGCAAGGACGAACACGGAUGGGAGUACACAAGCCACGAUCUAUGGAAGAAGAAGAUGGUCUGGAAGCCCCUGUGGAAGAAGGUCUGGAAGACCGUCAAGAAAGAGGAAUGGAAGACGGAGAAGAAGCUCGAAUGGAAGGAAGAGUGGGUACAGGAGUGGCGCACCGAGAAGAAGCAGAUCUGGGUGAAGAAGAAGGAGGAACUCUGGAAGGAGGAGAAGGUCGAGAUCUGGCGCAUCGAGAAGAAACAGGAGUGGGCAACCGAGAAGAAGCUGGAGUGGAAGGAAGACUGGAAAGAGAUCAAGGUCCCAGCCUGGAAGGAGAUUCAGGUGCCUGCCUGGAAGAAGGUGUGGAAACCGGUCUGGGAGAAGGCUUGCGUACCAGUCAGCCAUGGAUGGCAUUAGUCGGCAAACUACUCUAGAUAUCGUAAGCCCAUGGUAGAAUUCAUUCUAGUGUAUAGCAUGUUGUUACCUUUUUCUUACCCUCUUCUGUCCAUUUCCCAUAAGUUUGUUAUUAUUUGGCUUUUGUUUUGUUUGAUUACGUGUCCUCGUGGUAAGGGAUAUCGUUCAUAACAUAUCUCCUGCUAGUACUCGUUUAUUACUACGCAAACAUGUUCUGCUUGCGAUCUAUUCAACAUUUCCAAAGCGUCAAUGUUUCAAAAACUACGUUAAUGUCUGUUUUACUCGCACCUUGCCCGAGCUUUGUAGGCGCCAUUGCUUCCGUACCAAGCUGUUCCAGCAUGUUGCAUCAUCACCCGCAGUUCCCACAGUUGUUUCCAAGUUCACCACCAGCCACCAUCAGGCGGUCCUUCCGACCUACGUGUUGCGCUUUCCGGCCAUUUUGCCACAAUUGUCCAUCUUCUGAUGAAGAAGAUAUAGGCCUGUGAACUCAGCUCGAGUGCGCCCAGCUGUGAUGCGGUAGCUGGAUUUUUUUUUGAAAAUUUUUCAUUCCCCGCUUAUAACGAUGGGGGUCUACGGAGAGAUGAUUGUUACAAAACAGCGCUCCCGGAGCGGUUCAUUGUGGCGAGAGUGAUGAUCGAUUCGCACAAAAAUAAGGGUCGACAGAAGCGGUGCCCAGGGUUGGUGGAAAUAAUUAUUUCCUUCCUUUUACCCGGUUGAUUCCCCACGAAAGCUAUCAAGACAGAGGCUUGCGAAUGUCAUAAAACAGUGCUCCCUCGUACCAUGAGCAAGAAAACUAACAGCACGUCGCUCUUCUGUUCGUCCACUGUUCGCUUUGUGCGGAAGAUCAACAUGUUCAACAGCAACGGCACGAGACUUGAUCGUACCAGCUUGUGACCUCCCGUCGGUGUCAUUUUGCAGAUCCGCCAUGCGCAAUUUUACGAGAUUGAUAGUUUGUUGAUUGAAAGCAAUUUGGCGGGCAAUUUUCGCACUUGGUAGCACGUGCGAAAGGUGCCAUAUGAAGCAUAAAAGUGGAUAACAGCGUGUUCGCGUUAAUUUUGUUAUCCUAACGAAUCGUGAUCGAUUGCGUGAAGAACCCAACGUAUGCUUUUUUGAUCGAUCUGGCAGCUACCUUGCGCUAGUGGAUGAGAUCACCAAUGAGCUGGUUUCAUCACUGUACGCGAGCCUACCCGGCCGUAAGCGAGUGAAUGUUAUUUUUUAUUUUGAUUUGAUUCGAUCGAUGAAUGAUCAACCCACAUUCGACACGUGAGCUUUCAAUGUUCGGCAUACCUACGGUGUCUGAUUCGAUAAUUACAUGGAAAGGUAUGGCACAUCUCUCUUCGAGAAACGCAUAACGACGCGGAAGUUUUGUUGUGAAAUAGUAAAUUAACAAUAGCGUUAUAUCGAUUGAAAACAAAAAUGAAUUUGAAUGGUUUGCUUGUCUAUAGCCAGCUGCAGGGCACUUGGCGAAUGCUUGGACAAGGUGUUUCAACGACAUAAGGCGAUGAGCCUUAAUCUAUUUACUCUCUCCAUCUAUCAGUUCACAUCAGAAGGAAUCGAUUUUUGUGUAUUAAAAAGUAGAAACAACUAUCCCACCUGCAUUGAAUGCAAUACACAUAAGAAGCACUUCCAGGACUCGAAAAUAACGUAUUACGGCAUAAGGAAAAGAACAGUAGGGGACUUUGAAUUAGACACACGAAGACAUGAUGCCUAUUUAUCUGCCAUAUGAGCUGUUGUGACCUUUUAUGAAACUAGCAACACCCUGACAUACCUCGAACAGGAUCGUAACAAAUGAAGAGUGUAGUAGUAAAUGCAAACAAAAUAUAAACAUCGAGAAUCUGUCCCUAUGAACAGAUGCACGCGUACGAGAAAAGCAGAAGUUCCACCACAAAGCAAACAAUCACUCAUCGUACCUUUGUAAAUAAUUGUGUAAAUAGUUGUUAUUUCAUUGAACAGGUGAAUGCUUCAUUUG